AUUGUGUACCAACAUCACAACCCGACGGUCUCUCAACAAGUGCCCAACAUGGCAGAGCAGACCCAAGUGAUUCCUUUGCUUUCCUCUUUACAGUUCACUCAUCCGUCAUUCGUACCGCUUCUGGAAUCUCACAAGCCGCUCGCUCGCCCAUCGAUCAGCUCCCAGUCGCAACUCAACAAGUUAAUCAGUCGACUUAACACUGUUCUAUUGGCCAAGGAUGACAGCAGAGAAAAAAGAGCUGCAUGCAUAGUAGCAAAGGAGAUGAUAAAUCAAGAUGAAGAAGGUUGGGUUUUGGCCGGAUGGGGUAAAGGUUGGCUCGGUGGGUGUCUAGGGUGGAUUGCCUCAACGUCGUCCCCUAUACCUUCGAUCCCUCCUUAUAUCUCUCUCCUCAGCACUCUUGUUCUUACAUCUUCUCAUUUCCCCUCGUUCGAGCGUCAAAAUGUGCAUCCUAUCAUGGGCAAGCUGUCCGUCUCUCUCGGAAGGCUUUUGCAGAGAUGUUUGGCUGAACCGCAACCAGAUUGGGACGUUAUGCUUGAUAUCCUCGACUCUUAUCAAUCUCUCCUUCUUCAUUCCCCUGCCAACUUCCGGCCAUCCACCGCAACUCUUAAACCCAUUCUUUUGGCCCUCCUUCUUAUGAUCCCAACUCCUACAUCACCAAACCCUUCGAUACCUGCUGAGAUCCGCACUGCGAGUGCCAAGCUCCUGGCUUGCUGCCAUGUUACCGCCGGUAAAGCUCAAAGCCCCGCGUCUUGGACCGCCGAUGUGAAGGAUCUUUUGGGUGGAAUCGGCAAGGCAGCAGCUGGGAUCACAGCUGAUGCUUGGGAGGCCGAUCCAGUUGCAGUCAACCCUCCACCAUCUCCUAACACUCCAGAGCUUCCUAUUGAUCCUUUACAGCGAGUCCCUGUCGCUUUGGAUUGGCUUGAGGGUUUGACCGAGGCGGUUUUGGAGAUGCUGAGGUUCCCCACCAAUCGACCUGUUCAUGUGCCUGUUGCGGGAAUUGUGAGCGCUGGAUUGAGGUUCUUAAGCUUGACUCUAGAUACUCCUACUGUCUCCUACAUUUCCCCGCAGCAUCAUGCUCUUCUUGUUGCAUCCCUGCCAAGAAUAUGGUCUAUCGGGAUGCAGCUUUUGGGUGGCAUUGCUUUGGCUGUUGAAGACCACCUCUUCCCUCAUCUUUCAAACAUCCUCGACCACUCUGUCUGGCUUCUCGAGCGUAUUCCAAGCAGCAUGUCAGAAUGCCGAACCCAGCUACUCAAAUUCCACACCCUCCUCUUAACCCUCUUUCCCCCAUCCCUGGUCCCCACCGAUUACCCAACACGUCUCUUACGUUUCUGCAUCUCCACUUUUUCACCUUUGCUAGAGCGCAAGGACGUCUCUGCUUCGGCUGCCGCAAGUCAGAACGAAAGCGGUGGUGGUAAACGGGGAAAGAAGAGGGCAAGGAAUGCUGAAGAUGGGUUAGUGGGUGAUUUGGAAGGAAAGGGGAGGCAGAGCUUGGGUGCAGGGGAAGUCAAGGUUAUCCUGCAAGCUCUGAAGCUUUCACCUAUAUUGCAUACUACCCCUCUCAUCUCCCCUUCCUUGUUGACUCUUUCUAUUCGACUUCAUCUCUCUCUCUACUUGGCCCUUCCCUCAUUAUUUUCAUCCGUUUUCCCUUCGAUCAACGCCAAAUCGGAGACCUUGGAAGCUGUGCAGAAGGUAUUGGAGAGCGUGUUGAGCGUCGGCGAAGGAUGGAGCAAGGGAUAUGAAAGCGUCAUCAUUUCCGUUCUUAGCCACAAAUCUCAAUCGUCAAUCGAUAAGAUUAUUCACCCCAAACUCCCUCCCAUGCUUCGGGCUCAACCUGCUUUGCGAGAAUUACAUUUCUUCACCAAGGAAGGCGACGAAGAGAAGAAGGAAAGGAAAUUAGCAAGAUUAGGGAUUGAUGACGAGGAUAUUGAGGUUGAGAAGGAAGAGGAAGAAGAAGCCGUGCGACCUCCUCCUACGCAGGUUACUUCCACGACAGGCUUUGCUUCCUUUGCCCUUCCAGCAACUAGAGAAGUACCCUCAUCUAUGCCUUUAGCCGCUUCGGCUCCUCUGGUGCCUAUCGCUGCCCCCGUUGCCGCUCCAUCAGUCGCACCUGCCCCUUCCGCAGCUUUCGUUCUCGAUUCCACGUCCGCACCUGCAACAGCAACAGCACCAGUCGUCGCUCCUAUCCCAUCCCAACCCGAACAAACUACCUCUACAAUCCCCUCGAGCUCCUUCAUCUCCUUCACCUCCAACUUGGCUUCGGCGACCACCAAUUCCAAAACAAAUGAAACUGUCGUAAAGCAGACAACCCAUGUGGAGAAGAUGGAGGUGGAUGACGAAGAUGAGGGAAUCCCUGAAUUGGAUAGUGGAAGUGAUGAUGACCUUUUGGAGGAUGACGAUGGGGAGGAGGAUGAUUAGAUUAAAUUAGAGUGCAUCCACAGGUUUUUGGGUCAUGUAUAUCAUUGUUAUUUUCG